AUGGGUGACGAUGAAGAGGGCUUUAAAAAAGAGAAGAAAAAGGCAUCAAAGUACAAUUACAGCUUUGGAGAUAUUCAUCCUGGUGUCACAAUUGGACAUAAGGUAUGCAACCCAUUUUCAAAACCCGGAUAUCCUGUGCCUGCCGAAAUGGGUUGGUUAUGGAACGCAACAGAUGUUCCUGGCAUGAAACCACGACGAGGUUGGGCACCAGGAAUUAUCGGAAAAAGUGUUGCAAAAUUGAUGACAUUCAAAUGCGCACGGCAAGGUCAGGAUAAAGACAAAAGCAAGAAGAAAAAAAAGAAGGGUCGAGCAACUGGAGCUGAUAUGGGUGGCGGAGAUUCGGAACCUGAUGAGCCCUUGGAACCUAAACCGGCAUUAAGAGUACAAAGAAAAGGCGACGUCUUCACCAUACAGGUCAACCCAUUAAAAGACCUAACGGAAAUAGCACCGAAUGAAGACCCUUAUGUGGACUGCGAUCCAAUGGUAUUCAAGAUUGUAAAGAAACGAAGCCCCGAGGAACAAGCCAAAGUUGAAGCACGUAGAAUGGUAAAAGUCAAACGCCAGAGAGAUGCAGAAAUCCGCAAAGCUCUAGCGGAAGCCGUUGAGGAUAUUUGUAAAUGUGCUUAUAUGGAUGUAUACUGUAAUGACAUGAGUGCCAUUGAUAACGUGAUUGAUAGCUGUCCAGCGUUUAAAGAGCCCCCCUGCGUCUGUCACGAGGAAUCACUGAGUUCCUUAUCCAGUAAUGCAACUUGGGACAUAGAGUAUACGCCACCGUUUGGAUGUUUCGAUCUGGCCCCAAGAAAAAGACAAAAUUACAUACACGUUGAGACACAGUAUAUUGCGGCAGACGCAGGUAUUGUCGACACACCAAAAAUUAAAUGCAAAAAAUCCUGUUCUUCUAUAAGAAACCCGAAGAAGAAAGUAUCUAAGAAAGUAUGUUGCGGUCCCUGUCCAUAA